AUGAGCAGUCAGGGCAGCAGCAGCAGGGGGAGUGGCCAGCAUGCUGACACCCCUCCCCCUCGACACGCCCCUGGACCCAAGCUGCAGGUGCAGCGCUCCCUCUCUCGUGACACCAUCACCAUCCACUUCUCUGCCCUGGGGAAGGAGGAGGACGAUGAGGAAGAGGAGCUUUACGGGGCACCACUUGAAGCUAAGUUUGAGGUGGAUGGAGCAGACGGACUGGAAGGCCCAGAAGCUCCAGGGCCUGAUGACCAGUGUGUCACCACGGGCAUGGAGGCAAAAGAGGAGCUUCAGUUUGAAGCCACAGUAGCAGAAGCCGGCUCUGGAGCUGCAGUGCUCCCUGUUUCCUCCAGCACCCUGUCUGAGCAGCCACACACACCCUCUGCAGCCAUGACUAUUAUCCCCACCUCCACCCACUCCCACCUGAGCUCCAGCCCACCUACCAGCUCCUCCUGGCCCUCAGACCGACCCACAGCUAAUCCUCCAUCCACAAGCUCCGGCGCCUCCUCCCCUUGUAAGUCAGCAGCGCUGUCGUCCUCCAAGCCUUUUCUCAGCCUGGUCAGGUCUUUGUCCAAUGACGUUGAAUCUCGAGAAUCCACAGCUGCCACCACUGUCGCGCCACCCCAAGCACGGCACCGGCACCUAAUGAAAUCUUUUGUUAAGUCUCUAUCCACGGACACUUCAAAGGCCGAACAUCAAGAGGGUCCUCUUCAUCACUAUCUUCAUCAGCAGCCGCAGCAAACUCAACCCUCCCAUCGGCCUCCCCCCCGCAACAUGCAGCUGUUCAAGCAGUUCUCCCAGCCCCGACUCUCCUCCAGCCCCGUCACUGUCACUAAAGCAGGUAGAGACUCCAAAACAGCCCCUUCUUCCCCAAUCAUGUCCCCGGAUGGUAGGUCUUUCUUCAAGGUCCAAGAGGUGGAGGCCAGGAUAGAGGACACCAAGCGGCGGCUGUCAGAGGUGAUGUCAGACCCCCUGCAGCUUUUUAGCAAGAUGAUUGGGGACGAGUCUGGCGCGGGAACAGGCGGAAGCGCCGCUCAUCGCGCCAAAUUCCUCUCCUCCAGUGCGUCCGAGCUGAGCGCAGUGUCGGCAGUGAACGGACACGCAGAAGGUACAAGCAACUACAGCAUCAAGGAGGAGGAAGGGACGGAAGGAGAAGAAGAGGACGAGACACCCACAGGCAGAGGCCCGGACUCCGUGUUUUUCUCCUUCCCAUCUCCAGCCGCCACGCAGGCGUCCUCGUCCACUUUCCACAAGUCUCCGUCUCUCACUCUGGGCCGCUGCUCCAUGUCAGCUCUGGUCGCUCGACAGGAGGACGAGGACUUCUGUGAACUGUACAGUGAAGACUUUGAGUUAAGUGCUGAUACUGAAACACCAGAUGGGGAAUGUGCACGGCCCCGACACCCCCACGCUGGUAGCACUGUGUUGUGCAGCGAACUCGAUGCCGAGGAGGAGGAGAAAGCGGAGGAGGAGUUGGACACUGUGCCUGUGACUGGACUCCUCUUCUUAACACAGUUGUUGUACUUGUACUUAGUCCUUCCUGUGCCACCCUGUGUAUCUGCAGUGGUGCAUGGGAUAGCAGCCGGGUUCAUGUUGGCCUUACUGGUCCUCUGGCUGUCCUCUCCUCGCCGCUCCUCAUCAGGCACGAGAAGAGGGAGGGGGGGGAUAGGACACUGGAACGUGGCCCAGUUGGAUAUAAAAGAACCAGGAAUAUUCAAGGGCUGGAUGAAUGAGAUCCACAACUAUGACCCGGAGAUGUACCAUGCCACCCUGACCCACUCUGUUUACGUCCGUCUUGAGGGCUCCGUCUUGCGUCUGUCCAAACCAAACCGGAACAUCUCCCGCCGUGCCACACACAAUGAGCCUAAACCUGACGUCACCUACAUCAGCCAGAAGAUCUACGACCUGACCGACAGCAUGAUCUACCUAAUGCCCCAGAGCUUGGCUCGGAAGAGAGUUUGGAAUAAAAAGUACCCGAUUUGCAUUGAGUUGGCCAAGCAGGAGGACUUCAUGUCCAAGGCCCAGGGAGAGAGGUCUGAAGCUGGGGAGGACAAAUCAACAGCGCCGGUUGAGAAGCUCGAAAAGACAGACAAAGGCGAGAAGGCGGAAGGAUCGACAUCAACAGAGGAACCCAAGAAACCAGCUUCUGGAGGAUGUGAUCUGACAAUCUACCUGUUUGGGAGGACGGGCCGGGAAAAGGAGGAGUGGUUCCGGAGAUUUCUCAUGGCGUCCCGCACCAAGUCAGAUGGGAGAGGGGGCGGUCUGCCUAGCACCUGCAAGAGUGCCCUCCAGACCUCCCACAGCCGCAGCAGCAGCACCCAGUCUGGCGGAGGCCCGGAGGCCGACGGCAGGAGAAGCAGCCGGGAAAGCAUGGAGGAGCUCCCACAGCUGCGUCACAGAGACACCGCCUCCGCCUCCACCUCCACGGCUCCCUCCUGUGGCUUCACCGGAGGGGUGAAGCAGAAGAUGCUGUUGGACUAUAAUGUCUACAUGGCCAAAUACGUCAACCCCCAGGCACCACCGAGGAGCCCGACUGCCACUGACAGCCCCGCAAACAGCCCUGAGAGCAGCCCCCAAACUACCAAAAAGUUACGCAGGAGUUCAGAAGAGAGUGUGGAGCCUGAGGCCUGGGUCAACGCUUUCCUGGGGAGGAUGUUUUGGGACUUCCUGGGAGAGAAGUACUGGGCCAACGUGGUCUCCAAAAAGAUCCAAAUGAAGCUCAGUAAAAUCAGGCUGCCGUACGUAAUGAAUGAGUUGACUUUGACAGAGCUGGACAUGGGCUUCUCCAUCCCCAAGAUUCUCCAAGCGUCCAAACCCUCAGUGGACCACCAAGGUCUGUGGUUUGAUGUGGAGCUGUCCUACACAGGCUCCUUCCUCAUGACACUGGAGACCAAGAUGAACCUGGCCCGACUGGGGAAGGAGGGCGAGGGACUUGGGGAGCACGGGAAAGAAUGGCUCAGGCCCAGGACCUACUGUCUGGCAGACAGCGAUGAGGAGUCGUCUAGCGCUGGCUCAUCAGAUGAGGAGGAUCCCCAGGAGCUCGUCAGCGACAAACCUAUUCUGCCCGGCGGCGAGAGCUAUGUGGGAGGCCACAGGCCCAGCAAGAUCAUGCGCUUCGUGGACAAGAUAGCCAAGUCGAAGUACUUCCAGAAGGCCACAGAGACGGAGUUCAUCAAGAAGAAGAUGGAGGAGGUGUCCAACACGCCCCUGCUGCUCACCGUGGAGGUGCAGGAGUGCCGCGGGACGCUGGCUGUCAACAUCCCACCUCCCCCCACGGACAGGAUAUGGUAUGGUUUCCGGAGUCCGCCUCACCUGGAGCUGAAAGCACGGCCUAAGCUGGGAGAGAGGGAGGUCACGCUCGUUCACGUGACUGACUGGAUAGAGAAGAAGCUGAAUCAGGAGUUCCAGAAAAUAUUUGUGAUGCCAAACAUGGACGACGUGUGGCUACCCAUAAUGCACUCUGCCAUGGACACACGCUCAAAUGCCAACUUGGUUACUGUGACAAACGAUGCCUUGAAGGACCCAGAGCCUGAGGAGUCUGAGGUCUCCGACAUGUGAAGACUGCUGGUCAAAGCGUACGUUGAUGGACAUUUUUAUCACCGUGGCAAAAUGACAAGUCCCCGCCCACUCAAAAACCUGCGGGUGCAGCAAUGGGCUGGGCCAGCUCCCCCGAUGGUUUUACCCAUGACCCUGCCCCAUUGUGGCAAAUGUCAGUGGACACGCUCACAAAAACUGGACGUGCUGGCGAGCUCGCAAUCAUUUGUUGCCACUGAGAGCAACACAAGAGUUGUUUUAUUCCUGUGACAUCAAAAUAUUAUGAUUCAUUGUCAGAUGAAAUACACGUUGAGGCUGUUUAACGAAUAAGAGUAUAGGGGUGGGUCG